GCCGGGCGGGGCGGGGCGGCCUCAAAAGGCCGGGCGGCAGUCCCGGGCCGCGUUCUCGGUCAACAUGAGCGGUAAGGGCGGCGAGCGGGAGGAGUUCCUGCGCUUCUUCCCUCAGAUCGUCCGCGACCUGACGGAGGACGGCGUGGGGCACCCGGAGGUGGGCGACGCCGUGGACCGGCUGCGGAAGGUGCUGGAGUACAACGCGCCCGGCGGGAAAUGCAACCGCGGCCUUACGGUGCUGGCUGCCUUCCGGGAGCUGGCGGCUCCCGCAGAACAGGACCCCGAGAGCCUGCGGUGCGCCCUGGCCGUCGGCUGGUGCAUCGAGUUGUUGCAGGCCUUCUUUCUUGUGGCUGAUGACAUCAUGGACUCGUCCCUCACCCGCCGGGGCCAGCCCUGCUGGUACAAGAAGGAGGGGAUCGGUCUGGACGCCAUCAACGAUGCCUUCCUCCUUGAGUCUUGUGUCUAUAGGCUGCUGAAGAAGUACUGUGGGGAACGUCCCUACUACCUGCACCUCUUGGAGCUGUUCCUGCAGACUGGCUACCAGACUGAGCUCGGGCAGGCACUGGACCUCAUCACUGCUCCCAUUUCCCAGGUGGAUUUGAAUCGCUUCAGUGAGCAGAGGUAUAAGGCAAUUGUGAAGUACAAGACAGCCUUCUACUCCUUCUACCUGCCUGUGGCUGCUGCCAUGUACAUGGCUGGGAUUGACAGCAAGGAGGAGCAUGACAACGCCAAAGCCAUCCUGCUGGAGAUGGGGGAAUUCUUUCAGGUCCAGGAUGAUUACCUGGACUGCUUUGGGGACCCAGAGCUGACAGGGAAGGUUGGCACCGACAUCCAGGACAACAAAUGCAGCUGGCUGGUGGUGCAGUGCCUGCGCCGGGUCACGCCUGAGCAGAGGCAGAUCCUGGAGGACAACUAUGGCUGCAAGGAGCCUGAGAAGGUGGCAAAGGUGAAGGAGCUCUAUGAGACUCUGGGCAUGAGAGCUGCUUUUCAGGAGUAUGAGGAGAGCAGCUACCGGCGCCUGCAGGAGCUGGUCCAGAAGCACUCCGGACGCCUCCCCCCGGAGGUCUUCCUGGGCCUGGCUGGGAAGAUUUACAAGCGGCAGAAGUGAUGGAGGGGAGCUGGCUCUGGACUGCUUUGGCCUUUGCUAAGGGCCCCUGGUGGGCUUCGUGCCCCUGGUGGGCUUCGUGCCCCAGGCUGCAGCUGCCUGGAGCUGGGCCCUGCACCCC